AUUGCAGUGACAAAAUAAAUGUGACAUGCCAGGGGCGGACUGACAACUUAUGGGGCCCCCGGGCAAUAGGGGAUCAUGGGGCCCCCCGUGUCCUCGCCCACACUCAAACCACACCCAAAAAAGGCUAUGAAAGGUACUAGGGGCAUCUCAUGGGGCCCCCUACUGACCCUGGGCCCUCGGGCAGUGCCCGAGCGCCCACAUGGUCAGUCUGCCCCAGGUUAGAACAUGAAGUGGGCAGCACUGGUACAUCAUCUGCAAUUUCCCAAGCCAGACAUACAUUAAACUGAGUGUGGCAGGGGUUAACACAGCAAGUUAUUGAGAUACUCUCUCCCUAGGUCUGUACACA